GGCGGGCGGCGCCGCGGUGACCGGGGCGGGGCCGCCGGGGCGGGGCGCGGAUGGCGGCGGCGGCGCGCCAUGUUGCGGUGGCUGGUCGCGGUGCUCAGUCACGCCUGUUUUGUCUCCAAGGGCGGCAGCAUGUUCUACGCGGUGCGCCGGGGCCGGCGGACGGGCGUCUACCGCACGUGGGCGGAGUGUCAGGAGCAGGUGAACAAGUUCCCCUCCGCCAGCUUCAAGAAAUUCGCCACCGAGAAGGAUGCCUGGGCCUUCGUUGGCGCCGGCCCCGCCGCGCAGCAGCCCGAGGCGGCAGGUAGCUCGUCCUCCCUUCGCCUCCCGCCUCGCCCCGCUGCGCUGCCGGUUACCGGGGGGGGGGCGGGGGGAGUGCUGCAACCUGGCGCACCCUGCCUGAGCUCCUACGGCUCUGUACGAGAGACACAUGGUCCUUCAGCUGUAACACAAGAAAAUGCUAGCCACAGAGAGGAAACAGAAACAGAUGUUUUGUGUUGUAAUAAAUGCAAGAGGCCAUAUGAACAGUCUACAGCUGAAGAACAUGAUACAAAACGUGUAAAACAUGAUGAAACAUAUUUAGCGCCAACAGUCAGUGAAGAUAAAUUUUCAUACAUGGGUGACUUUGCGGUUGUUUAUACAGAUGGUUGCUGCUCAGGUAAUGGGCGUAAUAGGGCACGUGCUGGAAUAGGUGUCUACUGGGGACCAGGCCACCCUUUAAAUACCAGUGAAAGACUUCCUGGACGGCAGACUAAUCAAAGAGCUGAAAUACAUGCAGCCUGCAAAGCAAUAGAGCAAGCAAAGAGUCAAAACAUCAAGAAACUAAUUAUCUACACUGAUAGCAAGUUCACUAUUAAUGGUAUUACAAGUUGGGUUGACAACUGGAAAACAAAUGGCUGGAGAACAAGUUCAGGAGGAAGUGUAAUAAAUAAAGAAGACUUCGAAAGACUUGAUAAUCUAUCAAAAGGCAUAGAGAUUCAGUGGAUGCAUAUUCCUGGUCAUGCUGGCUUCCGAGGAAAUGAAGAAGCUGAUAGACUAGCAAGAGAAGGAGCGGGUAAACAGAAGUUGUGACAUAUUGGGACUAGACUAUUGCAGUCGGAGGAAAAGGACUAACGUCGCAACAACAGUUUGACCUGUUGUAAUUGUUUCAGGGUGGAACUUUGACCUGUACUUCUGUGAGGCCUGAAACUUUAAACAUAUACCAACUUAUGAGGAAAAAAGAAACGUUUUCUUUCUAUAGUGUUUGUUUUAAAAUUAAGUCAAUAUUUAGUUAAUGGUAUAAAGCGUUUGCUUUUUCUCCAUCUUACUGAAGCACUGCUGUCAAUGUUUUUUAGCUGUCUCAUAGACUUUUGCAUUCACCAUAUGUGAGACUUCUGAUGAGAUUAUAUUAAAUUGUUAUCCUGACUUAAGUGUUCUGUAUUUCCCUCUUAGUGAAAUAAAUUAAAUUUUUGUACAGAG